GGUCCCGAAGUCCUUCCGGUUCAGAGUUCAGGGGUUAAACACAUGGCGCGCUAGCAAUGAAUGGUGUUGCUGUACGUAUAUAAUCUCAUUUUGGAAUACAUUUAGAACAUAAAACAUUUUAAAGGAACGCAAAAUUAGCAUAAAGAAGGGAAGUGGCCACUGGACAGCUAAUUUAGCGAAAACGCAAUAUCAUAAGUGUCGAACGGAACGCAUAUCUUGUUCUGGGUGUCAAGUUCAGGACUGAAACGAAAUGGCAGGGAUUUUGUUUGAAGAUAUAUUCGAUGUGAAGGACAUUGACCCUGAUGGAAAGAAAUUUGACAGAGUGUCUCGUCUACAUUGUGAGAGUGAGUCUUUCAAAAUGGACCUCAUUCUUGAUGUCAACAUUCAGAUAUAUCCUGUGGACCUUGGAGACAAGUUCCGGUUGGUCAUAGCAAGUACUCUGUAUGAAGAUGGCACUCCGGACGAUGGGGAAUAUAACCCACAGGAUGAUCGCCCCUCGCGGGCGGACCAGUUUGAUUACGUGAUGUACGGCAAAGUGUACAAAAUCGAGGGAGACGAGACGUCCACCGAGGCGGCUACACGUCUAUCGGCAUAUGUAUCCUAUGGAGGCCUGCUGAUGAGGCUGCAGGGAGACGCCAACAACCUGCACGGCUUCGAAGUGGACUCCCGGGUCUAUCUGCUUAUGAAGAAGCUGGCCUUCUGAAAGCACCAGCAUUUGUUAAGCAGCUCCAUCAACACUGUGAAGAGAAUUUGCUGAGAAAACUCAGUGUUUUACACCGGUGUGCUGCUGGUGCUCUAUGCUGUUUUGUUAUACCAUGUAAAUAAAUGUUUUAUAUAUAUAUAUAAAUAGGGUUCUGUUUGAUGUAUGAUGGUACUUAAUUAUCCCACUGGGAGGUAUAAUCUUGUCGCCAUGACACACAUGUAGGUGAGAACAUGCUUGCCAAUGAAUUCAGCCACAUGUAGUGGCAGGUUUGGAGCCCAGGGUUCAGGGCCUUGCUCAAGGGCCCAGAGAAAUACCAAGGCUGGGCUUGAAUCAAUGACCUUCUGAUCUCAGGCCUGGAGCCUUAGUUCCCUUAGCCACAUGCUAGCCUCCAAGUUGUGUCUCCUGGAAUUCCAGUAUCUUUGAAACCCGGCCGGCCAUUGCUGAUUGGAGAUCAUCUUAGCCAAACUUUUUCUGAGUCACUUAUUUCUGUGUAGUGAGUGAGGGACUUAAAGAUUAUGGCUGUACCGACAGUGAAACGGUGAAAACGAUGCAGCCCUGAUAACCCGAUACCGUGCCUGCGACUGCAGGUGAGAAUGGAAUAUGAGAUGGUUACCCAUACCGAUGGUGAAUUAUAGAUUAAACUCAGAGCAGCCCUAUCAGUGGCUGCUAUUCGGUAGGACAAAAUACUAGCAAUGGAAAAAAUGUUAAAAGUUAUUGUUCUGUGAGGUGUGAAUCUAUAAAAGAAAAAAAAACUUUCA